AAGGUAUUCACUUUUCAUCAUUUGUUUUCAUUUUUCUCUCUGUUUUCUUCUUCUUCUUUUGCUUCUUCCAUAUGAGUCGUGUGUAUUAUGUUUUUUUACACCAGAAUGUAUAUAAACUAAAACGAAAAGACUUUGUACCGUGAAAACCAAAAACGGGAAAUUAGAAUCUUUUCAAAUCUUUUCCAAUCUUUUAAAAUUUUCAAGAUAUAAUCCCACAAAAUCAAUUAAAAUCUUCAAGAUAAUCCCACAAAAUCUUUUAAAAUCUUCAAGAUUUUUUUUUAUUAAAAUUAUCUUUAUAAAUCGACAAUCCAAUACAUCCCCUUAUAUUCCAAAAACAAAAACUCCUAAAAAAAACAUAGCAGCACUGCUUUUGCUUUCAACCUUCAUCCGCCGUCUGCCAAACCGCCGUCGCCGCCUUCUGCUUUUGCUUCUUCGCCUUGUUCCGUCUUCUCCGCCUUCUAUUUCUGUUUCAAUCGGGUUGUAAGUUAUGGAUUUAGAUAAGUACAUUAAUAAAUAUCCUAAUGUUUCAAGAGGAGAGCUCGAGAAGAUGAGCGCUUGUCAUUUUAAUCGGGUGAGCGGCGAGUCACUGAGCGAGUCAAUGUUCGAGUCUUUUGUUAGGGGACGCCAUGAGGAAAGGGAAAGAGAGAAGGAAAAUGGGAGAGCAGCUCUUCGAACGCGGCCUUUGGUACAAGUGUUAUCGGUGACUGUGCAACCAAAAAGGAGUCCGCUUCUUAUUUACGGGGAGAUUUGUGAAGUUUAUGAUUCUGGAGCGAAGCAGGUCCAUGAACUUUAUAAACGUCAGCCUGAUGCUGCUGAAAUAGUUGGGACGAACACCGAGUUAAGUUUAAUCGGUCAAGAUUUCUCAAGUUUCCCUCCACGUACACUUACACCAUUAAGUUGGAUAAAUGUGGAGUUGUACGAUGGAAAUAAUCAUACAUUUGCAAAGCAGCGCUUUUGUUUGGAUGAGGACCAAUUUGAAAAUGAUUAUGAAGAGGUGAAAUGUAGGGAAAUUUCUUGUAUUCAAGGCAAAAUUACUUUUAAGUACAUCAUAAUUCCAUUUGGUGUUCAGUGCCGCAUAAGUUUCAAGAUUCUUGGUAGACACUUAGUAAAUGACCACAUUGAUGUCAACGGAAAAAUUGUCGUUCGCUAUGGCAAUACAUAUGGAAAUUGUAUUGACGAAGAGUGUGUCAUAUUUGAUAAGCAAAAUUUUGAUUUUGAACGAGUCGGAUUUGAAAGGAAGGCAAGAUUUUUAAAGAUCCCUAGAUGUUGGUUGGCUACACCUGCAUACGCUCCUUUUAUUGUCACUCUAGAUUUAUCAGAAUUUGGAACAAGUAGAAAGAUUCUUAAUGAGACCAUAGAGUUACUAGAGGGAUCAACGUCUGAAGAUUCAUUCUUUCAAGAAGAGAUGGGUCUCCUUAUUAUGGUUGAGGCCGAAUGGUUUGAACCUGACCCUUUUGGGGUAUGUAAGUCUCCUAGCUUACUAGAAAUCUCCGCAAAAGACAUGGAAGAGUUGGAUACCGAUGGAGAAGAUGAGUCUUCUGAUGAAGAAUCUGAUGAUGAUUUGCCAUCCAACUCUGUGCUUUCAUGGAAUCUAAAACCUCAUUGCACAUGGCCAUCUCCUGCUGUGGAGAUAUUCUCAGUCUUCAUUGGUCGUGAAAAGUCCAAGGCUAUACAAAUCCAUGGUUCUUUUGAAGUUUUAAUCGAUGAUGAAGUAAAGUAUUACAUAUUCAAAAGAGAGGAAAGAGAUGCUCUAAGGUUACAAGAACAUGUGAAUACCGCACCUAUCCUAGAUGGCUCUCGACUUUUUGAGAAUUUCAGUUCUUUAGGAAUGAAAUUUGAUAUAGAGGACGUUGAUGGUCGUUUAGCCAUCAAAGGGUUUGUUGAUUUUGAAGCUCGGGUUCUUAGUUUUAAUUUUUAUCAAGAGAAACAGCUAUGUUCUUCUAUUCUUGGUCAAAAUGGAUUCGCAGCUGUGCAUUAUUCCAUCUUCUCUGAAGCUGUUUUGGCUAACAUUAAGGUUUACUUAAACCUCAAAAGGGGAGGUGUUGAUGUGUAUCCUGAGGUGGUCUCUGGGAGUCUCAUAACCCAAUAUAGUUGUUAUGACUAUUCAACACGAUAUAACAAAGAUUACUAUCGGAUCGUGUUGUUUAAGAGUGAUGAAGAUUCGGUUCAAAUAAGUUCUAAUGGGACAAUACCACUUUCUAGGAGCAUGGUUGUUGUGCCAACAUAUUCCUCUCUUGUUGUCGAUGUGAACCUUUCAUUUGGAGACUCCUCCGGCCAGAUGCUAUCAUGUGCUGAAAUCAUGAGAUUUAAUAUUAAUGAAGAUAGAAAAACCUUAGAAACAACUGAUUAUUCUCUUUGCAUGGAGUUAGGUUGGUGUGACAUUAAGUAAUAUGGCAAUGACAUGAGACAUUAGGGCGAUGAAUAUUAGCGUGGAUGGUCCUUCAUGAUAGAGUGCCAACUAGAGAGAAUUUAAUCCGGCAUGGUGUUAUCCGAGUAGAUGAAGAACAUCGCUGUGUUUUCUAUGGUGAAGGGGCAGAGACUGUGACACAUUUGUUGAAUUUUUUUUAAUACAGACUGCAUUACUGCACUUGUAAAAAUCCAUAAGUAGUUACAAAAAAUAUGAUGUUCAAUUAGCUCUUAAUCGAUUUAAGAGAUAACACUUUAAUACAGUUAAAGUGAGCUUAUUAACAAAAAUGUAUGUAAAUAUUGAUUCAAAUUGCAAUGAAAGGAUUCUCAUUUCUCAA